CUAAAGCUUGUGAAUCCCAGCCCGGCAAGGCUCAUACAGCUCGUGACACAGUUAAAAUGGCGACUACAGGAAGGCCAAGGUGAAGCUAUAUAUCAGAUAGGAGUGGAAGACAACGGCAUGCUAGCUGGUCUUACGCGAGAAGAAUUGAACAUGUCACUGAAUACACUGAAAAGAAUGGCUGCUAAACUUGGAUCAGAGACUACAGUUUUACGAGAGCAAGUGGUUGAUGGAUUUGUGGGUGAGGAUAACGAAAGAGUUGUGGCUGAAGUUCUUGUUCGAAAAGUUGCUGAUGAUCAACCAUAA